AUGACUACCCCUACAAACAACCCAAAUUCACGAACACCAACGGGAUCAAAUGGCCCUCCGCCGAUGAGAAUCCGCCGCCCAAGGGUGGCAGAUCCUUUGGUGCGGCCAAGGAAGAAGCCUACUGCCGCCAAACCGCCUGGGUUGGCAUCCUCUGGGAAUGGUGCAGCCUCGAAACCAUUCCCGGUGCGAGCAGCUGGAUCCAUUCCUGCCCCCGCCCAUCAGACCGACAAAGGGAAACUUCAGUCGCCUUCGAACCAUUUCUCAGCAAACGGAUUCAGCGGCCCUCUGUUAUCCGAGACUUACGUGGAUUACCCCCUUGUCACCACCAAGCGCGAGCUACGAGAGGGCUUAAAGCAUCACAUUGCCAGGUUUGCGUCGAAAAAACCCGUUGACCCCCGCGACGAGCGCCAGUUCACCCGACCAGUUAGGCUUCAGCGCCGUGACCCCCGGGCAAAGUCACAUGCGGUAGGCACGGAUAAAGGCAUCCAGAAAUCCCCGGGUGAAUUCGGCAACCAAGUGGAUGAUGCCGAACGCGAGGAGCUGGAGGUUAGGAAGGCAGCGCGGGAGAAAGAGCGUGCGGAAAAUCUGGCCCAAAUAGCGCCCUCUGUCGGAUCUACAGCGAAGAGAGCGAAUGCCCCCAAACAAAAAACACAGCAGGUCUCAAAAACAGACAUGACGCCCGACGAGAUAGCUAGAACACGAAUCAAGUACGAAGAAGCGCUACCCUGGCACUUGGAGGAUUUCGACAACAAGAACGUUUGGGUCGGUAACUAUGAAGCCGCCUUAUCAGAAACCCACGCAAUCUUUGUGCUUGAAAACACGGGCAAAAUGAGAAUGAUACCAGUUGAGAAGUGGUACAGGUUCAAUGCCAAAAAUCAAUUCAAGGCUCUUACGAUAGAAGAGGCGGAGAAAUUCAUGGCAAAGAAGGUGAAAGAUCCGAGAUGGUUUAUGGAGAAGCAGCAGGAGCUUGCCCAACGAAAGGAAUUGGAUCAGUUCGCGAAGCAGCGGAAAGUGUACGCUGGCAAACAAGGCGUCCCAGGUGGUGCCGAAGGCUUAGAAGCCGGCGAGAUGGAUUUCGAAGAAGACAGAUUCGCUGAUGACGAGGAACAUGAUGAUUUGUUCAAUGAGGACGAAGAUGCGAAGGCUGCCGAAAAAAGGAUCAAGCAAGAUCAGCUGAAGGCGAACGUGUUCGAUUUGAAAGAAGAAAAGGAAUACGAGCAAGAGGAGUUGCGAGAGAGAAAGGAAAAAGAAGCUCGUCGGGUUCAGGGGAAGAAAGUGAGGAAGGCUCUCCAGAAGAGAGAGAAGAACUACGACUACAGCAGUGGGUCUGACGUUAACCCCUACUCCGAUGAAGAGAGCUCCGACGAGAGCGAGGCCGAGCGGCUUAAAGAAGAAGAGCGAAAGGCCGAGGAAGAGAAGAACAAAAAAGAUACAGCGACGUCUUCAAAGGGUGGAAACACCCCUUCAGGUCGUCCCAAACAUGUCGAUCCUCUCAAAAAAGGCUCGGCGACUGCAACACGGAGACGACUCGGGUCACCCAAUGUUUCUGACGCGAGUGGUACGGACACCUCCCGUAAGAAGGGCAAAAGCAAGCAUGCCUCGUCCCAGCCUACGCCUCAGCCUAGUUCUCGCCCUAUGUCGCCAAUGGCGUCAGCUGCCUCUAUUAGCAAAAAGCGCGUUCGAAACGGACCAGGUGCUGGAUCCACCAGCGACUUGGAUCCUGGUGCAGGUUCGGGUGGUGAGAUGAGUGAGAGUGGGAAGACCAAAAAGCUUAAGCUCAACCCCCCUUCCUUGGCCUCUCGUGGUGGAACACCUCAAGGGUCACGAGCAGCCAGCCCGACGCCUCUGGCCAGCCGAAGUUUUUCAGGAAGCCGGGCUAGCAGUCCAGAACCAUUGAAAGGCCAAACCCGUGUAUCCAUUACCGGGGUUUCUAGCAACCAAACCUUUCCUACACCUGCAGAGAUCCAUGCCGCUAUUCCUCAGUCUGGCAUUCUUAGCAGCGACCUACUGAAAAUAUUCCGCCCUCGCAUUGGAGAUUCCAAGGAAAACCACCGGAGAUUUAUAGCAAUUGUGAAAGACGUCGGUGUUUAUGGAAAAGAGGAUCGUCUUUUACGGCCCGGUGCUCUGAAAGACGGUGGGGAAUGA